AUGAAGAAUAAAAGUAAUAGCAGCGGCAUUGACACGUCGAAUAAAUUGAAUACUGAAGAAUGUUCAAUAAAUGAAUUAAAAUCACAAAUAGCUCAGAUAUUUUCAUUAUCAAAUAAUUCAUUUGAUGUAUAUUGUCAAGGUGUACAAUUAAUUGGGGAUGAUAAAAAUCUAAAUGAUUACGAAAUUGAAAAUGAAGAUAAUUUAUUAAUUGUACCGAAAGUUCAAUUACCGAAUGAAUCCUGUAUGAUAAAUUCAGCUGGAUUACUAAGUAAAAAUGAACUUCAUCAAAGUUCAAAAACAAUUGAAAAAUCAGCUACACCCAAUGAAUUUCAUCGACUUUAUUGGCUAAUGAAAACACCAGAUUUUUGGCGACGAAUAACUCAAGUGUUACCUGAAUUAUUACUUGAUUCAAGUGCAUUAGGCCUAUGUGAAGAUUCAGUACUCUUCUGUCAAAAUUACAAUGUUAAACGUCUUACUGAAAUUGUGGAAGCUAAUCCAUUAUUAUAUAAAGCAGUUAUUCAAGUACUUAAAGAAUGGACAUCAAGUAAUAAUCCAACAAAUUCUAAUGAUGUACAAUUAUCACCAGCUGCAUACUUUUUAAAUGGUAGUCCUCAUUUAAUAGAACCAGUUGCACCACGUCAACCAACAUUUAAUAUCAUGCCUCGUCGUAUAACAAAUGAAGAUUUUUAUCGUGCACUUGAACAAACAAAUCGAUCGACUACGGCUACUACAACUAAUAAUUCUCGUCCAUCGAAUAUUCCACUUCAACAAACAUCAAGAACAUCAAAUCGUCGUAAUAUAAUUAGUAUGGAUCAAUUACGAAAUGUCUUACAAAGAACUUCAACAACAUCAGAAACAAAUCCAUCAACACCAAUGGAAAGUUCUGGAAAUGAACCAACAAAUGCACAAGCACUUCUUGAUCAAAUGUAUGCUAUGGGUCUAACUGAUCAAACAGCGAAUCGACAAGCACUUGAAGCAACAAAUUGGGAUUUAAAAGCAGCACUUGAUUUAUUACUUGGAUAA